CGCGGCCAUCUAAAACAGAGAACUUCUUUUGUACGUUUGCGUAUACUUUUUUUACGUUUCCUGUAGCCUAAUCAAAAAGCACAUGACAUAAACAGUUAAUUAACUGUCAUUUACAAUAAGUAGUUUUGAAUGCUCAGCGUCCACGUGCUCACCAGCUCUUCCCGACCCGGCUUUUAAAGCGCUAAAACGGAGCAUGAACUCAACAGCUUUUCACAUCGAGGAUGUUUCUCAGAAGAACUCCACCCGUGAGUACGACUUUAACUCGAGCGGCGCGGAGGCUCUCCCUCGUCUUCCUCAUCUCCCGCGCUUCGGCGCCGCGGCUCGGGUCCGAGUGACGCUCACGCUCCUCUUGUGCGCGCUCUCCGCGUGCUGCAAUCUCGCCGUGCUGUAUUCAGCCAGCCACCACCACCACCGCCAGCAGCAGCAGCGCGGGAAGCGCUCGCACGUCCGGCUCCUGAUCGCCCACCUGGCCGUGGCAGACCUGCUGGUGACGUUCGUCGUCAUGCCGCUGGACGCGGGCUGGAACGUGACGCUGCAGUGGCUCGCGGGGGACCUCGCGUGCAGGACGCUCAUGUUCCUCAAACUCGUGGCCAUGUACUCGAGCGCUUUCGUGACCGUGGUGAUAAGUCUGGACCGACAGGCUGCUAUUCUCAACCCCCUGUCCAUCAACCAAGCGAGGAAAAGGAAUAAAGUUUUGCUGAGUGUCGCGUGGACCUUGAGCGUCGUGUUAUCCAUACCGCAGGUGUUUGUUUUCCACGUUGUUGUGAUUGAUUCUCCAAAGCGAUUUAUCCAGUGUACGACCUACGGCAGCUUUAGCUCACGCUGGCAAGAGACACUUUACAACAUGCUUACCUUCACCUUCCUCUUCCUCUUGCCACUCUUCAUCAUGAUCUCCUGCUACAGCAGGAUACUGUUAGAGAUCUCCAAGAAAAUGACCGAAGACAGCUUGCUGUCCAACAAAGUGCAGCUGCGCAGGUCAAAAAACAACAUCCCUAAGGCACGCAUGCGCACGCUGAAGAUGACUGUGGUCAUUGUCCUGUCAUUCAUGGUGUGUUGGACACCCUACUACAUGCUUGGCCUGUGGUACUGGUUCUGUCCCGCUGGCCUGGAGGAAACAGUGUCCCAGUCCCUCUCGCACAUCCUUUUUAUAUUUGGCCUGUUAAAUGCUUGUUUGGACCCCAUCAUCUACGGCCUCUUCACCAUUCCACUAUGCAUGAGGCGCAGACAGCGUGGACAUAACCCCGUAGCCUUCGAGCUGGAGAACACUAACAACUCUUUGGUGACUUCCAUCAGAACUUCCACCUCCUCUCUCACUUUAAAGAGGCUGACAGUUCAGCAGACCUCUAGAGAAAAGCUGGAAGGGGAAGGAGAGCAUCUGUACAUGAUUGAAGAUGAUGGGUAAAAGGUGUCGCGUUU